UAUAUUUAGUUGGAAGAAAAUAAUCGUGGUCGCUACACCUAGCAGACAAACGAGCCAUGAUUGCUGGAUUACUGGAACAAUUGUGUCUUGCCUUUUGAGCGCAAAAGAAACUAAAAAAAGACAAGAAAAACAAGAAAAAUGACAAUUUUUCGAAAGCUGUUCGGUCGAACCAGGAUAUUUUCAGUCAGAUGCAAACGAAAGGUUGGGACGAACAGGUCGAAGAAAUGUCUGGUCUCUAUUACUGUGAUGUUAUUUAUAGUUUUUGUUUAUCAACAACGAGCGCAAAGAUUUGUUCACCAAGUCAAAUCAUCGGCGUUGCUUUCGUUAAAUACGACCCAAUCCACGUUUAACUUAAGGUCAAAUACGAUAGUUAGCAAUGCUGAAGGACCUCCAAUACAACCUACGUUGGACUUGAAAAACUGUAGCAAUAAUGAGUUGGUUGGACCGAUGGCCAUUAACCCGAACAUUACACCCAAUUUUGACGAAGUGGAAAAUGCAUCAAGUAUUCACUUGUUGAAGAAUGGAUGUUAUACGCCAACAACCUGCAUACCAAGGCAAAAAGUCGCUGUUAUCAUUCCGUUCAAAGAAAGAGAUGCUCAUCUAAAAACAUUGUUGUUUUACCUUCACCCGAUGUUGCAACGGCAGAAAAUAAGUUACUGCAUUUUCGUCGCUGAGCAGUUCGACGAUGGUCAGUUUAACAAAGCCAUGAUAAUGAACGCUGCGUUUGAAGAAGCGAUGAAACACGAUUGGUUUGAUUGUAUUAUAUUUCAUGACGUGGAUAUGAUUCCAGAGGAUGAUAGGAAUCUUUAUGUUUGUGGGGAACAGCCCCGUCAUAUUUCGCCAGCCAUUGACAAGUUCGAUUACAAGUCCCAUUACGGCACAGAGUUUGGAGGUGUGACCGGUAUAACGCCUGCGCAAUACAGGAAAGCUAAUGGGCAUUCCAACCAAUUCUGGGGUUGGGGUGGAGAAGAUAACGAUAUGGAGUUCCGUAUAUUUAACAGCGGGAUGAAAAUAAUUCCAUCUCCUUCUAAAAUUGGAAGAUACAAAAUGAUCGUCCAUACACACCCUUGGAAGUUCAGCGCAAACAAAUUCCCAACCCGUUUAAACAAGACUCGCGUCGCGAGAGCGAAAACUGAUGGUUUGUCCGACUUACAAUACCGCUUGGUUGGAAGCGAAUCGAACCCUCUUUACACGAAGUGGUUUAUCGAUAUUAGGAAGAUUGAAGUUAAGCGGAUAACUCUUUACAUUGAUGACAAACCAGCCAUGGAUAUUGACAUCGAACCAGGAAAAUGUAGAUGGGAGCGAGUCGAAGGAAAAUACUUAGAUUUCAGCAUCGAGUUAACGAACAUAAAAGAAGCAGCGCCAUUGGUUGAACGAUAUUUAAAAACAAAGAAACAAACCGUUGUCCCUCCGCAUGUUAAGCUACCUUCUACCCCAACCUCGCAAUUUCGGUUUUCUAUCGUUGAAAACUUCGACGACGCGACCACUUUAUGCGACAAGAUCGCUCCUUUAUGCGUGGGGGUUCAAAAGGAAAACAGCGAAGAGAAAUACACGCUGCGACGCAGCAACAUGCCGAGAAAUAUCGUUAUAAGCGGCCCAGUGUUGGAAACCCCACCAACCGAGGACCCUUCGUUCCCGUUUAACUUUACAAGCCCAAGACGAAAGCUGUUUUUCCCAAACAAGGUCGCCCAUGUUAGAUACUGCCCUGGGAGUUCGGGCGAUUAUCAAAUGUUGAAGAAGACGAUAAAAACGACGUAUGCAGAUUUCUCUAUGCCGCAACAUUGGUUCAAAUUUGAUGUUCAAUUUACUGUUAUAAAGUCGCCGUCCGCCUAUAUUUAUUACAAGGACAGCAGAUAUUUCGAAGCCCAAACCAACAAAGAACAAAACACGUUCAGGUUUUCGUGGCCGGGAGGGAGGACGCCAAACUUCAACAACGUCGAUACACCUCGAGAAUAUACUUUCCAAACUACACAGUUCCCAAUUUCUAACAUACCAGGUUGCUACUCUGUUGAAAGCAGGAUCACCGAUCAUUUGAACCAACCCUUGUACCAGUGGAACUGGUGGUUUGAAGUUAGCAGUGGGAACAAGGAGAUUGAUGCUCGGUUAAGGGAGGAAUAUUGGAGAAACCGUUCAAAAGAACAAGCAAUGAAAGCUAAGAUGGCGCGAGCGGUGAGCAUGCAACGAAGAAAGGAUGCGAUGGAUCUGAAACGACAACGAGAACGAGAAAAGAAGAUUGCUAAAUUUCAUAUGUCGCUUAAAGAAAUCACUCUACCACCUGCGGACAGAUGGCCCAAAAAGGAAACAAACGUUGACACAGACGAAAUAAACGAAGCAGUUGUUGUCGGCAACGGUCAAAUCAAACCUUACGAUCCAAACAACAGUUUGCCACCUGUCGUACAAGCGGUGGGAAACACAAGAACUUACGAACCGAAAGUUGCCGUUAGUCGAAAAUAUCACACGGGUUUGCCGCAAAAACUACGAACUCAUAAUGUUAAAAAUGGGGCAAUUUAUUAGUUUAUUAUAAGGGUGGGGUAAAACGGGACACCUUAGGUACAUAUUAUCCAAAUAUCCGGAUCGUGUUUUAAACAAUUAACAACGGUCUAUUGGAGUUGUGAGGAUACGGUUUUAUAAUUUUUUGUUUGCUAUCAAUGGGACGAGAAAACAAAAAUAUGUCCCAUCUUCCCCCACUCUACUGUAAUACACAACUCUCAGGUCUGAAAUCUUCACGUUUAAUUCAGAGUGGUAGAUUAUAAUGGCAAUCAUACAUUACUGCUCUCAUCGUUUUUGUUGCAACUUUUUAUUAGGCCUAGUUUAACAGCAAAACAUUGGCGACCUAAUUUCCGAAACUACAUUUCACACAACUUUUGUAAGCAUGCAAUAAAAUGAUUUAACUUUUACAAUAAAAGUCAGGUGUUUGUGAACCACUGUAGUAGACGACCCAAAUCAAAUGGUGACCCAGGGGUACAUAAGCAUCAUACUUUAGAAUUAUUAUAAUUAUGGUCGAAAAUUAAACCCGUGUUAAAAUCAAAUGUACUUUAUCAAAUGUCUAUUAGUUUUCGUGGCAUGUUGUUAUUUUAAACAUGUUUUAUGCCAAAAUAAAAAUGUACUAUACCUAUUCGUGGUUAUUUCGUCAAUAAAUGCUACAGAAAACAGUA